GCUCCGCGCAGGCCGCCAACUUCAGUACACCGACCGCAACUACUAUCGCCGUGCCGUGGCUCACGAGUUUCGCCGCUGCCAAGACCUGAAAAAAGCUCAAGAUAAAGAGGAAGCGCUGAAGAGGGGCCAGUUCUUCCUCGACAGCCAAUUGGGCGGGCUUAUGUAGGGGGAGAGGGGUCAUCUGGAGGAGGGUUAAAGGUCAUCUGGAGGAGUGUCACCCAGCGGCAGGAUGGCGGGGGUGAAUGGAGACCGCAAAGGCAAGAAAGAUGACAAUGGGAUCGGCACUGCCAUCGACUUCGUGCUCUCUAAUGCUAAGCUGGUGCUGGGAGUGGGGGGAGCGGCCAUGUUGGGGAUUGCAACGCUUGCUGUCAAAAGAAUGUACGACCGUGCCAUCAGUACUCCCAACAGCCCGACCAACUUGGAGCAGACGGGAAGGAGGAGCUGGGAGGAGCCUGCAUGGAUGGGGUCAUCUCCCCGGGUGCUGAACCAUGACAUGAAGUCCACAGUGAGCCGGUCCCUGCAGAAUCUGCCCACUUCCUCUCAUGCUUUUGAACCAGCCGUCUCCUCAGACUGUCUGCGGAGGGCCGUGGGUCGAUCAGCUGUGGGAGGCAGCGGCGCCACUCAGUCGGACCUUCAGAAGGCUCGGACGCGUCUGUCGCUGCAGGAACAUCUGCUGGACUUCUACCAGAAUAACGUGAACAUCCCCACCGAGGAGCAGGCUGUGGCGAGGAGGGCGGCGCUGGACAUCUGUGCCGAGCUCCGGGUGUUCCUUCACGCCAAACUGCCCGACAUGCCGCUCAGAGAGAUGUACCUGAGUGGCAGUCUGUAUGACGAACUGCAGGUGGUGACAGCGGACCACGCCCAGCUCAUGGUGCCUCUCAUCUUGGAGAAGAACCUGUGGUCGUCCAUCCCCGGCGAGGACACCAUCAUGAACGUCCCGGGUUUCUGGCUCAUCCGCAGGGAGAAUUUAGAGUAUUUCCCUCGGAACAGCAGCUACUGGGACCGCUGCAUGGUGGGAGGCUACCUCUCCCCCAAAUCAGUCCUGGAGGUCUUCGACAAACUGGUGGCGGGCUCCAUCAACUGGCCCGCCAUCGGCAGCGUCCUCGACUACAUCAUUCGCCCCGUGGUUCCCUCGGAGACGCUGACCCUGGAGGUGCAGUACGACACAGAGCGCAGACUGUACGUGGACUUCCUGCCGUUACUCGUGAUGGAGGACGGAACCUCGCUGAUCGCCAAACCUCAUCGUCUUGUCGCCGAGCGUCACGAAAACCUGUGGAGGCAGAGCUUUCGAGUGGCGGAGACGGCGCGACUCAGGGCGCUGGACCAGGAGGACGGGGGGUGUCGGUGCGCCUGCCUGAAGCUGGCGAAGGCAAUGUGCAAACUCAACCCCGCUCUGAACCGCCUCAACGCCAGCCAGCUCACCAACUGCAUCCUGCUGCUGUGCGAGAAGGAGGGCGACUGGACGAAGGACGCGCUGGCCGACCGCUUCCUCCAGCUGCUGCGAGCGCUGGUGGGACACCUGGAGGCCGGGAGGCUGCCCUGCGCCCUCAGCCCCAAAGUGAACUUAUUCUGCGAGCUGACGGAACAGGAAGUGGACGAGCUGGGGUACACGCUCUACUGCGCCCUGUCCGAUCCGGCGGGGCUGCUGAGAACAGACAUGGAAGAGCCGCCACAACCGUGACAACCUCGUGUAAAAAAACAUCACUACAAACAGCAACGGGGGAUUUCAAUUAACACUGAUUUGUGGGCGAUGGUCACCUCGACAUAACAUGGUUCUGGGAGCGGGAAAAAGUGCAUGGAGUCCAAAACACUCGAUCUGGUCAGUCUUAAACGCCAUCAGUGAGAAAAUGUGAUGCACACUGUAGCAGCUACUAAAUGUUAAGAUACGUCUUGACAUGAAAGAUGUUUGUCUUGUUCUCAUGCAAAAAGUAUUUGAUCUCAGUUAAGGCCCAUUGAUGGAUCUCACCAAAGCCAUUGUAUUAAUGAAGUUGAGAGGAGACACACUGAUAUACAUCUCGGUGGAGGUAGUGCACGCUGCAUAGGUUGGUGCAGGAAUGAGUCCUAAAACCUGGAAAUGAGUCACCAUUUUAGCACCUGAAGCUUUUCUCGUCUCGACAUCAUUGGUUUUUGGAUGUGUUUGUAUGCCUGAAAUAAGUUCUGUGGUUAACAGAAGCAAAAGAGAUAUUCAUGUUUUGUUCCCUGCUAGCUGAAGUGGCUAAAUUAGAUUACUAAACAUCAUCACGCCAAACAUUAGCUGCCUUUAGCUUAGCGGUUGUAGCUAUAAUGUGUGUUUACCACAGAGCUUGUUUUACGCAUGUUUCAAAAUCCAAUGAAAAACAAUCCUUGCAAUGCUAACUUCCACAUUAGCCUACAGAGGUACAUCAUGCCUGCAGCAGCCUAUUGGUGUGUCCAUAUGAAAAUAACAAGGUGAAUAUAAUACAUGCGUCUUCCUCACAUUUGUCCUCUUUUUAUCUUGUCGGAGUCUUUAAGGCGCUCCCAUGCGGUGGUUCACUGAUGGAUGCCGGGAUGCCAAUCCAAAAUAAAAAUGUCAAUGAGCUGAAGAGACAAGCCUACUCUUUUCAUCCACCUUUCGUUCUCUCAUUAAAUACUGUGUUCAGUUUGAAAUCAUGCUGUGUGUCAGAACUUCAUUAAAACAGUGGCUGCGUUGAAGAUUUAUGAAUGGGAUCUGUGUAAACAAACAUUGGGCUGUGAUGGGAAUGUGUGCAGCUUGCAUGUUAUCUAGAAAUCAAUCGGGGGGGAUAAGAAAAUGUAAUGUCUUUGUAUCUCACAACAUUCAAUAUGAAUCAGAUGUAAAGCUGAAUAUACAACCAUAAAUAGAACAUGUGAAGCUUCUGAAUUGUCUGUCAUGAAAUUUGAACAAUACAGCUUCACCACUUUGGCGAGAUUUGUGUCCAUGUGUCUAAAACAGAGCCGCUCUUAGUUUGUCAUGUCAGGAGGUUUGGUUCUCCAGUCACAUGUGUUCAUAACGAAUAUGCUUUAUUAUCUAAGUUAAAACCAAAGUUAUUUUUGCACUAUCCAAAUGUUUGUAGGUUUAUCCAAAGUGUCUCAGCUGGAAAGUGGAAGUGUUCUUGUCUUCUAGUUGCUUUAAUUUAAAUCCAGGUUUCCUCUUGAUCAUUAUCUUCUACAUUUCUUAAUAGUCCAUUUUCGGCUUCGUCCCUUUUUUGAGAAAUCUCUACGAGACACACAGCUGUUAAACUGGUACUAACGUUUGUCGAUGGUGAGUUAGUCUCAGUAUUCAUUUCCUGAUAGAACAAAGAGCCCGUUACAUCUGUAGAGUUAUUUCUCUAUCUCUGUGCAUACCUGUGCACGUGCAAGUCCGUAUUACCCUCUGAAUAACCUAUAGGUCAGUGGUCCUGGACCGUUCUGUGUAUGAAGUGUUUGACAGCACAUGACCUGUCAUGACGUGAUUCUCCUGUCAAAUCUGUGUAUCUCUAGAUUUCAGGUGCUAAUCUCUUUUAGACCUUGAUCUGAUUGAGAGGGAUCUACUUAUCUACUCAGUUAUAUAAUGCUAGAUUAGCCUGCUACACUGCAGGUGGAGUCAAUACAACAAUAGCUGCCAGACUGUAAAGUGUGUCACUCUGUGAAAUGACAAAACAUGUCCAAAAUUCAUCACAUGGUUGCUUUUUGUUCUCACUUUUAGCCUUAGAAUGAGAAAUAAAUGCAGUGAUAGAGCCCUCAACCCCCAGUGUGUAUAGUGUACAAUAUGCAGGGUUAUUUAUGCAUUCAGUUAGUAAUCAUCCAGAGAACAGGUGAAUAUUUUUGUAUUUAUUGUACAUUUGUAACCAAAAAGAGCUUGAUUUUAUUUGCAUUUCACUCACCAUGUAAAGUACUGCUUAAUGUGCUUCAUGAAGUGCUUUGUGCUGGAUGUACGGAUUUGUAAUGAACUCACGGUAGAGCGACAUGCUGCCGUCAGAGUGGAGGGGAGUCACUGCCACAUUUCUAUUGUUAUUGUGAAACAAAGUAGAUCACUACCUCUACCUUGUGGAGUUCAUGCUAGCCAUACGCUUUGUUGCAUGCUGUGUAUCCCCAUCCCCCACCUCGCUUCUUUUAGUUCAGCUCUGGAGUUGAACGCGGCAGCACUUUGUAUACUUCCAUUAAAAUAUUACAAAUGA